AAGAAAGGAUAACCGACUUACCGACGGCACGGCACGGCAGCCCUAUUUACGUGCGCAUCCAUACGCUGACAAGGGAGCGGCAAAUUUAAGAAGUGCACUCACUGUUCACAAGGUAGCGAUGGAUGACAGCUUCAGAGUACGGGUCGACAAGGUCUUCGGCUCUCUGACUUCGACGGCGACGGCGCCCUCCUCCAAUUUGAGUUCUCUCUGGUGUUUAACCGACGACGAGAUUCACAAAAGGGAAUGGGACAGGGAUAGCCCCUCCCGAGAACUACUCGACUUUGAUUCCAAACCCUGCCCUCCUCAUAUUGACGGCUUCUUCGCUAAGCCCCACCUGCAAACCCUAGAUUUCCCCAAACAGCUCCAGUCCGAUCUGGAAGAGCUCAGUGACGGCCAAGAAGAGCCAGAUGAUGCUGAUGCUGAUGAAUCGGAUAUCGGGUCCUGCAUUGGUCUAGAUUCCACUCUCGACUAUGAGGAGGAAGAGGACGAAUUUGACAAAGUGGCCGUCGGUAGGGAGAAGCAACAGCCUAAUGACCGCUUGUACUUGCGGGACGUCUCCGACUACGGAAUUCCUACGGAUACCUACAAUGAGCUUCCUCUUACACUUGAGGAAGUUGAGAGAGAUCCUCGCGCUAAUCACCUGGCCGCCAAGCUCAGGCUCCAGGAAGAUGCUGCUGAGGCCGCCCUCAGAGAAGCUCAUUUCACUUCCAUGCCACCUCCUAAAGGGUUCAAGUUGAACGAAAAUUCUAAUUUGCCCCCGGAUUCGUCUGUUCCAGAUUAUAUAAGGAAUCCGUCCAAGUAUACUUGCUAUAAGCUUGAUGCCUCAGAUGGUAUGGAUGAAGCAUCCAACCGGAAAGCCUACAUGGACUUCUGCAGUCUCAUGAAGAAGCGAGCACAGCUGGAGCAUGAUAGCUGCACUAAUUUCCAGAAAUUGCCUACAUUUAACCCGAGAAUGAAGCAGCAGGAGCCUGCUGGCCCCUUCACCAAGCAGGGCGCUAAGGCAGAACAAAUGCAAGUGAGAAAAACAUUUCCCCUUAGCAUUGUUGCCUUAGAAUCCGAUAAUGCUCAAGUCUCUGCAAUGGAAGAAGAUGAGUGGUAUAAUGCAGCCAACAGAGCUAGACCUGGAAGUUUGCAGAAGCACAGCAGACGCUAUAGAACUAGGGCCAUUAUGGACAUUGACGACCACAAUGCUUGAUUUUCACUUUUGUGUGAUUCAUUUUUUUGUGUGUGUGUGUGUAAAACCAAGAAAAGCAGAGCUUUGCGUCGAUUUUUGGCAUUUGGUGUUAAUCUUUUUUUCGGGGUAGGACUUGAAUCAUGUGGUAAUUAUGGGGAAUGAAUGGUAUCAUAUCUAUUUGUUGUUUUAAUAUAACUGUUAAUACUACCCUGUAUUACCUGAUAUUGCUCGACUAAAUGUCGCAAUGAAUUUUUUUGAGGAUAGGAACUGAUGUAGCUCCAUUGUAGGCUUGUAGCUUGUGUUGUUUUGCUCGAGCUAUACACAGUUGGAAAAUCCUAAAA